AUGGCGUUUUCUGUUGAAAAUUGUUUACCACGGAGGUCCGAACAAAAUGAAAACAAAAACCAUCUCAGCUACAGUGAGUACGACGCCACAGAAAUUGAAGAGAAAGACUUUGCUAAAAGCACUUCUGGGGACAGUAUGAAUGAGUAUAUAAAAAGUACUGGUGAUAACUCUGAGGAGCAAAGGGAAUACAAUUGUGGAAAUAACUUGCAAAUUGUCAAUGUAUCAGGAAAAAGUUGUUCACCGAAGAGUCCGCCAAGUGGAAGGGUCAAAGAGAUGCGCAAUACCAUCAACAAGAGAGAAAGACGAAGGAUGCAACAACUGAACUGCGCCCUGAAUGGUCUCCGCGAUGUGAUUCCCUCCGUACACCCGUCGUCUACUCGAAAACUGUCCAAAAUAGCCACAUUGGUGUCGGCAAAAAGCUACAUCCAGAUGCUAAGUAAAUCUGUCCAGGAAAUGAGUACGUUACUGACGGAUCUCCGUGCAUGUCAGUCGACUGCGGGACUCAAUAGAAGGGGUCCGUGUCUACCUUUGUGUGUUCCUAAAAGACUACCACACUUACCAUCGUUUUUGUCAGCAGAAAGUGCCCAGUGCUCUCCGUCAAAUUCCAAGGGCUUUGUUUCAUAUCCUAGCUCUUACAGCAGCGAGGCGCCAACUAUUUCGGCUUUGCCUGUUAAUACAGUGGCAACGUUACGCCACCAGGAACAUGGUCAGCACGUGUAUUUCACCAACCCAACGCCAACGUUAUGGGGACAUUUCCCACAAACACUCAAUCAUUGUCAUCGCUAUUAUCAUAAUGACUUUUAG